UCCCCUUCCUCUAUAAAAGGGGACUGAGGUCCUCUGUCUUAAGGCUCGUGUUUUGAGCAGCUUACUCUUCGGGAUCAUCAAACAAAAACGAAGCAACAACAAGAAUAAAAAAAAAAAAAAACAAAGAGAGAGAAAACCCUAGAAAAUCAAAUCAAAUCAAAAGGGGGAAAAAUCCAGCAAAUCCAACAAAUUCAGAUUCAAAUUUCAACUGUUUUAUCACUUCGAUUUCUGAACUUGAGUGAAGAAAUGAUGAGUGACGAAUUGGUUUUGCCUCCCGGAUUCCGAUUCCACCCAACUGAUGAGGAAUUAGUGGUUCAUUAUUUGUGUCGAAAGUGCGCUUCUCAACGGAUUUCUGUUCCUAUUAUUGCUGAAAUUGAUCUCUACAAAUUCGACCCUUGGCAACUACCUGGAAUGGCUUUGUACGGUGAAAAGGAGUGGUAUUUCUUUUCUCCAAGGGACCGGAAAUAUCCAAACGGGUCAAGGCCGAAUCGGGCAGCUGGAACCGGGUAUUGGAAAGCAACCGGGGCGGAUAAACCGAUUGGAAAACCGAAAACUCUUGGAAUUAAAAAGGCUUUGGUAUUCUAUGCCGGAAAAGCCCCUAAGGGUGUCAAGACUAAUUGGAUAAUGCACGAAUAUCGCCUCGCUAAUGUUGAUCGCUCCGCCGGAAAGAGAACCAAUCUUAGGCUUGAUGAUUGGGUGUUAUGCCGUAUCUACAACAAGAAAGGGGUCAUUGAGAAGGACUUCAUUGAUCAAAAGCCCAAGCCCAUGUCUAUGCCUACUUCCAUUACACAGUAUCCCGAAUUCGAGGAUCAAAAGCCCGUGAUUUCAACACUCGGACAAACCGGGCCCAUGGGCUACAACAUGACGACUACAUCGCCGAUACCUCAGCCGAAGAACGACCUGAUGCACUUCGACACUUCGGACUCCGUUCCUCGUUGCCACACGGACACGAGCGGGUCUAACCACGUAGCCUCGCCCGAGUUUAUGUGUGAUAAGGAGGUCCAAAGUGAUCCUAAAUGGAAUGAACUAGAGAAGAACCUUGAUUUCCCUUCAUUCAAUUACAUGGAACCAUUUCCUGAUGACCCGUUCACCUCAACGGCCCAAUUCCAUAAUGACCAGAUGGGCAAUUAUCAGGACAUAUUCAUGCUUCUUCGGUAAAGCAGUAAGCUAGCCCGCCCCACCCCGCCCCAGCCCAGCCCAGCACAGCCCAGCCCGGCAUGUUUCAGUGACAAGAAACUGUAAGGAAAUGAUGCUAGACCGGCCCGGCCCGGCAUGUUCCAAUGACAAGAAGCUCAUAAGGAAAGGAUGCUAGACUUGCUAGUGUAUGUAAUGGUAGGAUGCUGAUGAAGAAUAGUAUUUAGAAGGAUGAGAAAUUAGUCCUUUAGUAAAUUCAUUCUUAAGAUUCAGCAUGUUAAUAUGUAGUCACCUCUAGGAUUAUAGUAGAUUUUAGGGGCGUUUUUAGCACAAUUUUUGUUCAUCAAAAAUAUUGCGGGAAAUUUCAUUAUUUGGAAUCCAGUUAUUUAGCCUGAGA